CUCAACUCUUCCCCUCCCUCUUCCCCUCUUCUCUACCGCAUUUUGCCCUUUACCCAUCUGUCCAUUCGUAUCAUUCCCUCGCCUGUCAUCAGGCGUCGCGUGACGACAUCCACCAGGCACUAUUCCAACACUAUCAUUUCCUGCCAUCAAACUCAACCUCAUCUGCCAUGAUCAUUUGUCAACCAGGCCAUCCAAGGGUCCGCUUUGAUCUUCACCUUCUUUCCCCUCUAUCCCGCCAUAUCCGACAACGACUCAUUCAUCUUAUCCAUCCUCCCGUUAAUCAUCAUUCUUAUCAUACCACAUCUACAUAAUAAAGAUAAUCACGCCGCAGGCUCAUUCUCAUCUUCCAUGAAACCCGUGUCGAUCUUGUGGCCGGUCCACUAUUCUCUCUAUCAAGUCACUCGUGUCUAGCCUGUUAGGCCAUUCUCUACACUAUGCCAUGUUGAACCCUAUCACCAUCCACUCCUCACUGUAACGUCGCUCAUCGACGACGAUCUCUCUAACAAUGUCUUUUUUACGCAAACAAUCCGAUCCAGCCACCUUUCCCGCCAUAUUCGCAACCUACCUAACGCAGUCCAUUCCAUUCCGCCGUAAAUCUCGUCAAUCCAGCACCGACAGUGCCAUCUCCACCUCCUCUGCCUUCUCAAACUCCUCGGCUGCCACAUCAUCAUCCAACCCCUUCACGAGAUGCCUCACUCCAACUCCCAUCCCUCUCCCUGACGAAUCCCCAUCAAUCGACCCUCCCAACGAUAAAUUCCUUCACGGCCACAGUUCUCACAUCCAAUGUGCCAAAUGCUCCACCGAUCUCUGCCUAACAUCCCAAAUCAUCAGCAAAGGUUUCACCGGACGACACGGACGAGCAUUCUUAGUCCAAGGAAACGCCAGCCACGUUCAAACCACCGCAGCCGCCCUUCCCAAUACAUUUCAAAACAAGAAUAUCCCUCGAAACCUAGUCACCGGCCAACACAUCGUCAGUGACAUCUCCUGUGCCAUCUGCGGCAGCACCCUAGGGUGGAAAUACGUCGAAGCCAGUGAAGACAGUCAAAAAUACAAAGUCGGCAAAUUCAUCCUCGAAACAAAGCGGAUUAGAGUCAAUGUCGUGUGGGAAGGCGGGGAUGAAGACGACGACGACCCGAACCGGGGUUAUGAUGAAGUCGUACCUCUUGCACCACGCGACUUGAGAAAACUAGUCGAUCGACCUAAUUCAUCCUCGCAAGAAUUGCAGUUUGAUUCUCAGGAUGAAGACGAAUGUGAGGAUCUUUUUGCCGGAGUCUGGAGUCCUCAACUUGCCGCGAAACGUCGUCAGAGAAAACGCGAACGGUUCGGAAAGAAGAAACCAAUCUCGCCAAGUGUGAGGAAUCUGGGCGGGACCAGCAGUACUGACACUUUGUCAUGACCUGAUAACCCGAUAUCUUCUACCUUAGAUUUGGUUUUAUAUCGAUGUCGACUUUCCUCCACAAACCAAACACCCACAAUGAUUGAUAAACCUCCCCUUGCGACCUUUCAACCUUUUGAUUCCAGCAUACUAACUUAGACAAAUACAGCCUGACAUGACGACCCCAGGCUCCCAGCAUCUUGAUACCCCAGUUUUUGAUUGAUGACUUUUUGUUGAAGCAUGUUGGAGUUUUCUUCUGUUUUCAUUGCUGCAGAGUUGUACAGGUGGUACUUCUCUAUGAUGGUCAUUAGGACAUGAGGUAAUGAGGGAUGGGAUACGAUACAGAUGAGUACCAGGGGAUUUAGAUAUUCCCCGAGCGUCGAGGUUUAGUCUGAUGAGUAGGUAGUUAUGAAUGAAGUAAUGCAAUCUCUAUUUUAA